AUGCUUACUGAAUACGACAAAAAUUAUAAAUGGAAAUCAUCACCAAAAGAAUGGACAUUCCCAUUGCAGAAAUGUUUAUUGAGUGGAAUCAAAGUAUGGUGCCCAGCAGAACCAGAGAAAAUGGGUGUUCAUCUGUAUGGACAAAGCUUUUUAAUUAAAUCGCCAAUAGAAUGUAUUAAUGGAGCGUGGAAGAAAUCCCACGAAGACAUUUCUACAAUAGAAACGACACAUACACAGACAACAACUACAAGAUUAAGCGAUGAAGAAUUUAUCGAAAAAAUUCUUAAAAGCGUUCCAAUAUGUGAGUCAGAUGAUCGUGAUCGUCAAAGAUACCUUCUAAGCAUGGUUCAAGCAUGGUCUCAUCUAGCAGAAAAAUAUAAUAUUCAAUAUUGGCUGUCAUUUGGAACACUUGUUGGUUAUGUACAACGUCGUGGGCUAUUACCACACGAUUUAGAUAUUGAUGUGACAAUGCUGUCUAGUGACACACCGAAACUGAUCGAAAUUUCUAAAUUGAACUUUUCUUCUACUUAUGAAAUUAAAGUUCAGCCACAAUGGAAAAUCGUUGACGAAUUAAAACGUUCUUAUUUUCGUAAAGAUGGUAUUAAUUUUAUUGCGCCGAAUGCAAGAUUCAUUCAUCAAAAAACCAGAUAUCAUGUUGAUAUAUUUCCUGCAUACGAUUUCAAUCCAACUUAUGCAAAUGAAUCAACAGAAAUGCAGCAAUCAGAAAAUUUAACAGUUCAUGAUAACAAUUAUCAGUGGUUAUCUUAUCCAAGAAACUGGACGUAUCCAUUAGUAACAUGUUAUUUUAGUGAGAUACAAGCACUGUGUCCUGCAGAACCAAAAAAAUUAGUUGAAACUAUAUACGGUGCUAGUUCUUUAACAAAAUCUGAUAAAAAAUGUGUUAAUGGUAGUUGGGUUCGGAAUUCCUAA